CAUGAAGUGGGUGGUACUUGCUUUUAUCUGCCUCCAGCUGUCAGAGGGACUUGUAAGAGUCCCCCUAAAAAGAUACAAAUCUGCCCGUGAUAUCAUGAGGGAAAGAGGCAUUCUGAAGGAAUUUAUGAAAACUCACAAGAGGGAUCCAGCUUUGAAAUACCACUUUAACGAAAAAUAUGACUUUGCUGUGGCAUAUGAGCCCAUGUACAUGGACACAUAUUAUUAUGGAGAGAUCAGCAUUGGAACACCACCCCAAAACUUUUUGGUGCUAUUUGACACUGGAUCUUCCAACCUAUGGGUUCCAUCUACCUCCUGUCAAAGCGAGGCCUGCAGUAAUCACAACUUGUUUAACCCCAGUCAGUCCUCUACCUAUACAUCUAAUGGGCAGCAAUUCUCAAUGUCAUAUGGCAGUGGUAGCGUCACUGGUGUCUUUGGCUAUGAUACAGUGACGGUCCAGGGACUUAGCCUCAAUAACCAAGAAUUUGGUCUGACCUACACAGAAAGUGGCAGCAGUUUCUAUUAUUCCAAGUUUGAUGGCAUUUUUGGUAUGGCCUAUCCUGCCAUGUCUGCAGGAGGUGCUACUACUGCCAUGCAGGGCAUGUUGCAGCAAAAUCUGCUCACUUACCCCAUAUUCAGUGUCUACAUGAGCAGUCAGUCCGGAGAGGUGAUCUUUGGUGGUGUUGAUAACAACUUGUACUCAGGCCAAAUCCAGUGGUCUCCAGUUACUCAAGAGGUUUACUGGCAAAUUGGAAUUGAUGAGUUCUUAAUUAAUGGUCAGGCAACUGGAUGGUGCAGUCAAGGCUGCCAAGCCAUUGUAGAUACUGGAACCUCUCCCCUUACCAUCCCUCAGCAAUAUAUGGGAACUUUGCUACAAAACUUAGGAGCACAAAACUAUAAUGGAAUGUUUGUAGUGAACUGCAACAGUGUUCAGAACCUGCCUACCAUUACUUUCGUCAUAAAUGGAGUCCAGUUUCCUAUUCCUCCCUCAGGAUACAUAGUCCAGACUAAUGGCUACUGCACUGUUGGAGUUGAAGAAACUUAUCUCCCAUCUCAGAAUGGCCAACCCUUAUGGAUCCUAGGGGAUGUCUUCCUUCGACAAUACUACUCUGUCUAUGAUAUGAGCAACAAUAGGGUGGGCUUUGCUCAAGCAGCAUGAAGAUAAGGUGUAUAGCUAUAUCCUGAAAAAGCAGAGCUGAUCAUUAGCUCACACAUGCACAAUGGCAAGUUUAUAUGUAGCACACAUAUCAAUCAAUUAAAGUAUCAACAAAUA